AUGGCGAAGAAACACAACUCGCCAAAAAAGUCAAAGCAGAAGAACAACAACCAGGGCGGCGUUAGUAUCACCAACCCAGCGGUAUUCUCACCCCAGGAUGGAUCGACAUCACCACAAAUAAAUGAGAACGACAGCAGCGGUGGUCUCCUUCGCUCGACUUCUUUCGCUUCCUCCCACGCGUCGCUGUCUUCCUUGACCGACUUGGACCAUGAGCCGUCAGGACCAUUGGCCGAGGCUAAACAGCAGCUUUCGUCCUCAGAGAAGACCAAGAAGCCAUCGCCCGCGGUGACCGCUCGCCAAUCUCGCCUUUCUCAAAUGCAGCGCCAGUCCCAGGAGACAGAAGGCGAUGAUCUGUGGUCGUGGAUUACUGCGACACAUCCCUCUGUGCCUUCUCCUCGUUCUGCUCCCACCAGUUUGGACCCCGCCUCUAAACAUCAGCAUCAGAAUGACGAUGACGGGACUCAAGAAAGGAAGCAGGCAAAGUCAUCGUGGUAUGAGACUCAACGACAAGAGUCCUUGCGCCUUCGUGGUCGAGACUGGGUUACGCUGAGUGCGCUCACAGUCGCAACCAUGUCGGUCCGUCUCUGGCGCAUGGAUGCGUCUCCCGCUGAGGUCGCCCUGGAUGAGGCUUACAUCGGGAAGUACGUGAAUGGGUACUUGAACAAGGCGUUCACAUACGACAUCCACCCUCCUCUGGGGAAGAUGCUCCUGGCCGGGAUCAGCUCUCUUUCUGGAAAGUAUGACGGAUCCUUUCCUUUCGAAGAAGUUGGCGAUGCAUUCGGUAACAAGGUGCCGUUCCUGGCUAUGCGCACAGCGGUGGCUGUCAUGGGAGCUCUCUGUGCACCCGUGGCCUAUAUUACCCUCAGGAACAAAGGCCAGAGCGCCCCCACUGCCAUCCUGGCCUCCCUCCUCGUCGCCUUCGCCAUGUCGACCAAACUGCCGGGAAUUUUGACUGUUCUCACCAUGGGUAUCCUUGCAGGAUGGGAUAUGUGGGGUCUCAUCGCAGACGAGUCCGUCAGCUCUUCCAACCAACCCUACUAUGGUACCUCUGUCCACGGCGACUACGACUUCACCCUCCUCACCCCAUCCUUCCGUCACUCCCUCCAAUCCCCCUAUAUCGAGGAUCGACAGGAACCUGUCUGGAGCGACAUAGUCUUUGGAUCCGUCAUCCAGCUCCAAUCUGAAUCCCAGCCCCCAUGGGAUCUGUUGGAGGAUUCUGUACCCGGUGGGGAGGGGAGAGUUGAGUUGUCAUGUUUGAAGGAUGCCGCUGUUCUUUCGAGCUCUAUUUGGCGCUUUUCCAUGAACGAUCAUGACUACCCACUCUAUUUUUCCAUCCUCCUCGCCUGCACCAUCCUCUCGGGAAUCAUGCGCCUGUCCACCAUGUCCCGCUUCACUCGUGCUGGCAUAUACCUCUCCCUCUCCCUCAUCGUCAUUUCGGCAUUCAUCCAACUGUCGCCACUGACAUACGGCACACUUAUGUCCCCCGAAAAGUGUGCCGCCCUUGCGACGAAAAUUAACCCAAAGAAGAUCCCCGACCCCCGGUACGCCGGCGUCGCAAAGGGGACACCUAUCCCCUUAAUCCAACCAACACUAAAACUCACCUGCAUGACUUGGUCCCAACACCUCUCCACAACCCCCCUCCCCCCUACCAACACAUCCGCCCCCGAAACCUUUUCCGAAUUCAAGACCCGAACCGAACUCCUCGUCCCCAAACCCAUCCCUCGGAAACGGUCCCCCGUCCUGGAGAGUAUCUUCCCAGAUAAGGAGAUGGCGUUGCCGAUGGAGAAGGUGUUUAUGACGCCAUCUGAGGCGAAGGAGGAGAAGGCAAAGACAGAGAAAGUGAGGGUUGAGAAGGAGCGACAGGAGACAACCGCCGCGGAGGAGGAGCAACAGCGGUACCAGGAGGAGUUGAAAGUUUUAUUCGGAGAGCAGUCACGCUUCCAGCAAAUCGAGGCAGAGAAACAACGCAAGGCUGAAGCGGUCGCGGAGGAGCUCUUCAAGGAGGCCGAGACAAAGAAAGCCGCCCACAAGGCCCAACAGGAGCAAGAAGAAUCUGGACGCCAACGAUUUCACCGCCAAAAAGUGGCCUUUGUGGCCUUUGACGCCGCUGCCAAGGCUGCCGAGGUCGCUGCUGCCUCCAAGGUUGCAGAACACGCUGAGAACAAGAAGAAGGUUCAUGAGCAGGAGCAGAGGGAGCAAGCCAAAGUCAAGGCCGGCGAGCAAGCCGAGCCAUCAAGAGAAAAACUGGAUCAAGAUUUCAAGUUUAAGCGAGGAAAUGCGAACGAGUCGAUCCCGAAGGAGAUGCGGAUGGUUGCAGCUCUGAUGCCGGCGGCGGGAGAGUUGGGUGGCGUCGGCAAGCAGGUGUUCGAUCAACAGCAACAACAACACAAUAAAUCUCAUACAGGAACAGGAUCUGCAGCGAAACCAGCUCAGCCCAUCAAAAAGGCACCACCAACAAAGCCCGCAAGACAAGCACAGAAGGCACCACCACCAGCCGGAAACGUCGAGAGCGUCGAGAACCUCAUCACUGUCCUCCAACAGGCCCAAAAAGACACCGACUCCAAACCCGCACCCCACCACUGUCAGCAACCAUCAAUCCCAAAGGAGCUCCUGGACGAGAUCACAGGACUAGAGAAAAUGACGAACGACCGGGAGGCGUCCCCUGAGGAGCUAUUGGACCAGUUGGGAGGGCUCGUGAAUGUGAUGGCGAAGCAGCAGAUGAAUCUGGGGAUUGGGGCGGGGGAUUUGGGCAAGUUACAGGCGGAGUUGGAGAAUUUGGUGAGAUCUUGA